UCGAAAUUAAAUAUGCUGGGAAUAAUUACUUACUUUAGUUAAAAGAGCAACCUAAAAAUUGUGCAGUAAUUUGAAACAGAAAAGACCUUUAUUAGGGCCACAACUAAAGACAGAAAAACACACUUCACACUGAUACAUCGGAAGACCUCCUGCACUUCUCGUUUUGCAAAUCGAAAGAAAUUUAUAAAAUGAGUUACCAAACAAACACAUUUCUGGCAAUGACUUAUCGAAUUUGACAUCUUCCUAUGUUCAAUGUAAUUUUAUUUACUUACUUUAAAAUGUAAUGUAAACUAAUUUACGCCUUUUGCCCAAAAUGAUAGAUCUUUCCCACUAUUGAAAAACGGACCAGAAAAGUCGAUGGAUUUAAAAGGAUGCAGGCUCUAACCACAAUGUACAUUUAAUUGUACAUAAUUGCAUACUUUAUUUAAAUAACCCUUCUCAGGGGCUUAAUAAUUUAGAAUCAAUAGCUCCCUUCAAAACAUAAUAAAAUAUUUACACUUUAUAAAAUAUUAACCGGUUAGCAGUGCGCCGCGUCGCUAUAAGCGUGUCCGAGGUCCGCCCGCGCCGAGCAGCACUGGAGGUGAGCGCAGGAUCCCGGGAAUGCAAAUGAAGCCCUCGGCGCGGCGCGGCGGCGAAGCGGCUCAUGAAUGACUUCGGGGUGAGCGUUCCAACCACUCGCAUCGUCGGAUAUAAUAAUAGUGACGAAUCAGACGGGAACGACCCUGGCAGCGCGCUGCACCCCAGAAGCAGCGCGCGCCGUCGGCACCGACCUCGCGGUCCCGCGCGGCUCCGAGGCGGCGAGGCGGCCCGAGGUUUGAUGGUGCCUGUCUUCUGCGUGGUGGAGCAGCUGGACGGCUCUCUCGAGUAUGACAACAGAGAGGAGCACGCUGAGUUCGUCCUGGUGCGCAAGGAUGUGCUCUUCAGCCAGCUGGUGGAGACGGCGCUCCUGGCCCUGGGCUACUCCCACAGCUCUGCGGCCCAGGCCCAAGGAAUAAUCAAGCUGGGGCGCUGGAACCCUCUCCCCCUCAGUUAUGUGACAGACGCGCCCGACGCCACCGUGGCCGACAUGCUACAAGAUGUCUAUCAUGUCGUGACGUUGAAAAUCCAAUUACAAAGCUGUUCAAAGUUGGAAGACUUGCCAGCGGAGCAGUGGAACCAUGCCACCGUCCGCAAUGCCUUAAAGGAGCUGCUCAAGGAGAUGAACCAGAGCACACUAGCCAAAGAAUGCCCUCUCUCCCAGAGUAUGAUUUCAUCCAUUGUAAAUAGCACAUAUUAUGCCAAUGUGUCAGCAACCAAGUGCCAGGAGUUUGGGAGAUGGUAUAAAAAAUAUAAGAAGAUUAAAGUGGAAAGAGUGGAACGAGAAAACCUUUCAGACUAUUGUGUUCUGGGCCAGCGUCCAAUGCAUUUACCAAAUAUGAACCAGCUGGCGUCCCUGGGGAAAACCAACGAACAGUCUCCUCACAGCCAAAUGCACCACAGUGCGCCCAUCCGCAACCAAGUGCCAGCGCUGCAGCCCAUCAUGAGCCCCGGCCUCCUCUCACCCCAGCUCAGCCCGCAGCUUGUCCGGCAGCAGAUCGCCAUGGCCCACCUGAUCAACCAGCAGAUCGCCGUUAGCCGCCUGCUGGCCCACCAGCACCCCCAAGCCAUCAACCAGCAGUUCCUGAACCACCCGCCCAUCCCUCGGGCAGUGAAGCCGGAGCCCACCAGCUCCUCCGUGGAGGUCUCUCCCGACAUCUACCAGCAGGUCCGAGACGAGCUGAAGCGGGCCAGCGUGUCGCAGGCUGUGUUCGCCAGAGUGGCAUUCAACCGCACACAGGGGCUGCUGUCGGAGAUCCUGCGCAAGGAGGAGGACCCCAGAACAGCCUCGCAGUCCCUGCUCGUGAACCUGCGGGCCAUGCAGAACUUCCUUAACCUGCCUGAGGUGGAGCGGGACCGCAUCUACCAGGAUGAGCGUGAGCGCAGCAUGAACCCCAACGUAAGCAUGGUGUCCUCGGCCUCCAGCAGCCCCAGCGCCUCCCGCACCCCACAGGCCAAAACCUCGACACCGACAGCAGACCUCCCCAUUAAGGUGGACGGCGCCAACGUCAACAUCACAGCUGCCAUUUAUGACGAGAUCCAGCAGGAGAUGAAAAGGGCCAAAGUGUCCCAAGCCCUGUUUGCCAAAGUGGCUGCAAAUAAAAGUCAGGGCUGGCUCUGCGAGCUGCUCCGCUGGAAGGAGAACCCGAGCCCGGAGAACCGCACGCUGUGGGAGAACCUCUGCACCAUCCGCCGCUUCCUGAGCCUCCCCCAGCACGAGAGGGACGUGAUCUACGAGGAGGAGUCACGGCACCACCACAGCGAGCGCAUGCAGCACGUGGUCCAGCUUCCGCCCGAGCCCGUGCAGGUCCUCCACCGACAGCAGUCCCAGCCCACCAAGGAGAGCUCCCCACCUCGGGAAGAGGCACCUCCCGCACCCCCUCCGGCUGAUGACAGCUGUGCCAAAAAGCCCCGCUCACGCACCAAGAUCUCCCUGGAGGCCCUGGGCAUCCUGCAGAGCUUCAUCCACGACGUGGGGCUGUACCCCGACCAGGAGGCCAUCCACACGCUGUCGGCCCAGCUGGACCUGCCCAAGCACACCAUCAUCAAGUUCUUCCAGAACCAGCGCUACCACGUCAAGCACCACGGCAAGCUCAAGGAGCACCUGGGCUCCGCUGUGGACGUGGCUGAGUACAAGGACGAGGAGUUGCUCACCGAGUCAGAGGAGAACGACAGCGAGGACGGCCCAGAGGAGGUGUACCGGGUGGAGGCCGAGGAGGACAGCGGUGACAGGGCCAAGGCUGCACCCGCCGAGGGCGACCAGAGAUGAUGCAGCCGGCACAGCAGCCUCCGAGGGUUCCUCUCUCUCUUCUUUGCAGACAUCCUCCUGGCUUUGUUUUAUUUUUGUCCUUUUAUGUCUGUCUGAUUCUCCUUGCCUGUCAUGACAUUCCUCUGUUGCGCAGGACAUGCCUGGAAACCGAGUCCUGUUCUUCUGCCUUGUCCAGACAUCGCCUUGGCAGAGACCUGCAGGGCUCCGCCAUCCGCGGCCCGGACCGAGUCCCAGGGCCCACGGGCCGCUGCCCACUGGCCAGUGACAGGGCGGGCUGUGCCGCAGGCCCGGGGGCGGCGCGCGUGUGUAUAUGUACAUGUGUCUGUAUCUACAGAGCUCUAUUCCCUGCGUGGACAGAGACCCUGGGCCUGCGAGGACAGGCUGCACAGUGAGUUCUACAGAAAAGACUUGGCCACGUGUUAAAACCACUUCACAGGAGUCACUCUGGCUUUUUGAUAACCUGCGGCCUGCUCUCAGGGUGGGGUGACUAUUUUUUGAACUCCUAUUUAUUUUUUUGUGUUUGUCCCUGAUUUUUUUGAAUUCAGUGGCUUCCUAUAUGGCAGCUCCAUGGGUAAUUUUAGAGGUAUGUAUUUAACAGGAUAAAUCAACACUGCCAAAAAACAAAGAAGAAGAAGAAAGCGAGUGAAAACAAAUCAGGGCAAAUUAAAAUGCUACAAGUCAAAUUACUCGUAAAGACAUAGCGCACACUUCCGUGACUCUGUAGCGGACUGGCAUCUGUCCGUCCGUCCCUCGUUGGUCCUCGCCCUGGUGAGCGGAUCUGUGCCGUGGAGGCCAGGUGAGGAAAAGCCAGCUCUGCACAGAACCUGCCCGGCUGCAGCCACGGCAGCACAGGGCACCCGGAACGCACACCAGGAGCCACAGUUUGCCGAGAAAUCACUUCCCUGUGGUGGCAUCAAAUCUUAAACUGUUAAGCCUGCUCAUUCCUCGUUGUUGCUGUUUUUGUUUUGUUUUGUUUCUUAAAUAGAAAAUAGUUCGGGGUAUUGUUAAGUUAGAGAAGAGGCCGCCGAGCAGUCCGAGGGGCCCCCUCUCCCCACCUGGCUCUCCUUCCGGCACCCGGGACUCCUCUGCCUGGCAGUCGCCACCACCCCAGCCUCGCGUCUCUGGGCCGCUGCCCGCCCUGGGCCGCAGCCCUGGCCGCAGCGUGGUUUGAACCUUGCGCAGCUCCAGGCAGCAGAGGAAGUGAAGCAGCUUCAGUAGGUCACCUGCUUGGCGCGAAAGGAAAUUGCCCCACUGCCCGCAUCCGAAGGCCAGCAGCGCCCGUCCCCCUUCCGCGGUGCAGGAGGCGACCUCACCUCAGGUGGCCGGCUCCUGCCACCUCCCUGCCGUUCACAGCCCCACAUGGGUGGGUUUUUUGAGUCGUGUCUCAUGCAACCUUGUCAAAAACCUCAUGCAAUAUCACUUUGAAAGUUAUUUUCUGUUUACCACACAAGCAUUGUAAUAUAACUGUUAAUACUAUUUAUAUAUUUGAAAGGUAUAAAAGGUAGGAGUUAAAAAAACCUCUAUGUGUAGAUAUUAACUCAGAACUUACAAUAUACAGGGAGAAGACACGUUGCAAUACAAGCUAACUCUAGCUGCUCAGUGACCUCUGGAGUUUUUAAAGGGACAUUUUCCUGUACUUUUUCCAAUAAUGACGUUUCAACCUUACCUUGCCAUGAGCGUCACGUGUCUGCGAAGGGGCGGCGGCCGCAGGGACGUCGCUCUUUCCUGUCUGUAGAUGCCGCAGCUUUAACCGGAAGUCCGCGGUUGCUGCGUCCCGAGCCCCGAGUUACUGCCCACCUUGUCUUCUCACGCUGUCGCUGAAGGUCACUGCUCACACCCUAGGAACCGGUUUUGCCAAGCUCUUACCAGGUGGCUCAUCACUCGAUGACAUCCGCAUUGGGUACUUUUACACUUCAACCAAAAAUUUAUUAGGUAUUUUUCAAUGCGAAGUCUUGCCUUUUAUUUUUUAAGUUCACUGCCAAAUUUGCAGUGGUUCUAAGUGAAUCUGUGGGCAUUUUAGCCUGUGGUCUUGCCAGAUCUUUGCGAAUUACAAUGCAUAUAUGUCUAUUUAUUCAAUAUCUGUCAUAUAAUAUCUAUUUGGAAGAAGAAACUUUCUCUUGUAGUGCCUCUUGACAAAGCACAAUUUCCCGCCUUUUUUUUUUUUGUGAAAUGAAAAGAAAAAACAAAUUGUGUUUUAUUGCAGUAUCAACAAUGUGAAUAAGGAUUAACAUAUUGUAAAUGUUCUUUUUUCCAUGUAAAUCAACUAUCUUUGUUAUCACUAAGUGAUAAUUAAUUUUUAACUUAUGUGCAUUGUUAGGCUGUUAGAAUUUUUUGGUUGUUAAAAUAAAACGCAUUCAAUAAAUCUGUGUUCGUCACUGUG